AUGGAUUUGUUAUUACCAGAACUAGUGUCAGAGCUAAAGCGCUGGUGUCGUGGUGAGGGUUUAAGCGUGACUCAUGCCCUGAUGACCAUUGUCCCAGAAGAAGUGGAGAUGAGCAAAGUGGAAGAAACCCUGGAAACAAUCAAGUGUCUGGGACGAGUGAGGGUCAGAGGAAAGAAUUUCAGUGCAAGGCUGGAUAGCCGUAUGGUCUUGUGUGAGACCAGGGAGACAGUCAAGGAUCCGAGUGUCCCUCCUGAAGUUGUGCCUAUUGAAGGUGGAGAGGCGUGGCCUAUAAUCAUCGUAGGGGAAGUACAGGCAGCUGCUGAAGAGUUUAAUGACAAACUGCAAGGGCUGUUAGUGGCAGAAGGAAAGACUAUGGAGGACCUUAAGUCACUGUUUCACCGCACAGAACCAUCCACAAGCUCCACUGAAUCAAUACUACGUGCCGUAGGUGAUUUGUUGGACAAGACCAUAAACCCCUCUGAUGGUGGACACCACGUUCGUCUACGCAUGUUCUCAGGAGCCUUACCUACUCCAACAGGUGAAGAACCCUUCGACCAUUGGUUAGAACAAGCAUGUAUUAUGGUAGAGGAAACUGACUGUUCAGACAAAGAGAAAAGAAGAAGACUAAUGGCAAGCUUGAAAGGGCCAGCCCUUGGAAUAGUGAAAGCAGUGCGACAUGCCAGCCCUGACGCCACCCCAAAAGAGUGCUUGGACGCUCUCGAAAGUGCUUUUGGAAGUGCAGAGUCCGGUGAUGACCUCUAUUUUGCAUUCCGUCUGAUGCAACAGCAACCAGGGGAGAAACUAUCUGAUUUCCUCAGACGCCUAGAACGGUCUCUGGCGAAGGUGAUACAGAGAGGUGGCCUGCCUGCUAGCAGCAUGGAUAGAGUCAGACUGGAGCAACUGCUGAGGGGUGCUACUGUCUCAGACCUGAUGCUGAUCCAGCUACGCUUGCGUGAAAGGAAGAGCGCACCGCCCAACUUUUUACAGCUCUUGAGUGAGAUUCGUACUGAAGAGGGAUAUGAAGCGUCUAGGAAGAAGCUCAGUGCCUCAGUACGCCAAGUAUACGCCGACCCUGAAGUGGAUGGGAAACAAGCGGAGAUCCAGAACUUAAAAGCUGAACUAAAGGAGCUAAAGUCAAUGGUUGCAUCAGUUGUAACUAAACAAUCUCGCUCCAAGGAUGACCACUCAGAGUUAACGCACUCAAGUAUGCCACCUAGCCCAGAGAACCGGCAUGACCCGGAACUGGCUGCUUUGAAAAAAGAACUGAAACGAAUGAAACAGAAAGUCAAGAAUAAAGUGACUGAGCCAGACGCUGCAGUUUCGGUUUCGACCAUGGAGGCUACCAAACAGGUUCACAACUCUCCCAAAAGAGUACCCAAAGGUGAGAAUUUCUGCUACCGAUGUGGCGAAAAUGGACAUUUUGCUACAAAGUGUGGGAACACUGAGAAUCAAGCCAAGGUCAUAAAGAAGCUAAUACAGGCAUUGAAAGUCACUAGACAACGGUCUGGUGAUGCGGCAACCAGUGAAGUGAACUGUCAUGCCAAACAAGGUGCUGUUACUACAAUAGAGCCUGUUGGCAUCCCUGAAGGCUUGAUUGGCCCACCCAGCAUUGUACCCCUGAAGGUGAAUGGACACGCUUGUGAUGCUUUGUUUGACAGUGGCUCUCAAGUGACCAUUAUAUUUGAGUCUUGGUAUCAGACCUACCUUUCUGAUGUACAAAUACGUCCAGUGUCUGGUCUAGCACUCUGGGGCCUAAGUGAGUCUGACCUCAGCUACCCCUACCGUGGUUAUGUGGUGGUUGACAUGGAAUAUCCAGCAAAAGUAGCAGGUGCCGACAAGAUUGUGACAGUCCUUGCUCUUAUCUGCCCCAGCCCCCGUACUGCGGACCAAACUCCUGUCAUUGUGGGAACUAAUGCCAGUCAUGUCCGACGUCUUGUGCAGCAAUGUAAGGAGGAGGGCAUUGACAUCACCCGGACACUGGGUAUACAAGGCUGUUGCAGAGAUGAAGAUUUGGCAGCAUGUGGCACGGCUACAGCCACCGAAGUGGAGGAUGAUAUUGGCUGUGUGACAUGGCAAGGCCCAGGCCCACUGACUAUACCUCCUGGUGGUGAUUGCAGUCCUGUGUGCAAAGUUGACUUCAAACACCAAGUCAACAAGGAAGUUCUGAUGGUUGACUCAUCUCCCUCAGCUCCACUCCCAGCUGGUGUGCUACUACAGCCUAUGGUAGUGUCCAGUGAAGAAGUUAAGGUCAACUACUUCAGAAUCUUUGUCCAGAACGAGUCGCUGACAGAGACCAUCAUACCCGUUGGAACUGUCAUCGGACAUAUGUACCUGACUGAUGCAGUCACUACAAUCACUCCUUCCAAGACAGCAGCACAAGAGUUUGAUGCUAAUCUGAUCAACUUUGGAGACUCACCUGUCACAGAGGAGUGGAAAAGAAGACUCCGUAAAAAACUAUCCACCAGGUCUUCAGUAUUCUCCCUCCAUGAAUGGGAUGUCGGAUUGGCCAAAGACGUAAAGCACACAAUCCGUAUGUCAGAUCCACGGCCGUUCAGGGAGCGCUCUCGACGUCUGGCACCAGCCGAUGUGGAAGACGUGAGAAAACACCUCCAAGACCUGUUGCGUGCGGGGAUCAUCAAGGAGUCGCGUAGCCCAUACGCAUCCCCAAUCGUGAUUGUUAGAAAGAAGAAUGGGGCCGUGAGAAUGUGUAUUGACUACAGAUUGUUGAACAGCCGAACAAUCCCAGAUCAGUAUACAACCCCAUGCCUCGAUGAUGUUCUGGAUUCCAUGACGGGAAGCAAGUGGUUUUCCGUGCUUGACCUGCGGAGUGGCUAUUACCAAAUUGCCAUGGCCGAGGAAGAUAAAGAAAAGACGGCAUUCAUCUGCCCACUGGGGUUCUUCCAGUUUGAAAGGAUGCCACAAGGAAUUACUGGAGCCCCAGCCACCUUCCAAAGGUUAAUGGAGAAGGCGGUGGGUGACAUGAACCUGCUGGAGGUCCUAGUAUACCUCGAUGACCUGAUUGUGUUUGGCAGAACCCUGGAAGAGCAUGAAGAGCGACUGCUCAAAGUUCUAGAUCGUCUUGCAGAGGUCGGCCUGAAGAUCUCAGUUGACAAGUGUCAGUUUUGCCUGCCCAAAGUGCAAUACCUGGGACACAUUGUGUCCGCUGAUGGUGUCUCUCCUGACCCAGCCAAGGUCGAGGUAGUCACAAACUGGCCACAGCCUACUCACCUGAAAGCUCUUCAGUCAUUCCUUGGGUUCUGUGGAUACUAUAGGCGUUUCAUAGCCAACUAUUCAGCGAUCGUCAGGCCGUUGUCAGAACUCACUAAAGGCUAUGCCCCAAGGCAGAGGAGUAUGAAGCUCGAGAAAGACAGCACAAAGGCUUACCUUAAAGAGUCUGAGCCCUUCGGUAAGAGAUGGGACAAGUCCUGCACUGAAGCGUUCCGUCAGAUUAUUCAUUGUCUCACUCACGCACCUGUCCUGGCUUUCGCAGAUCCAAACAAGCCAUACAUCCUACACGUAGACGCCAGUUUGAAGGGACUUGGCUCGGUCCUCUAUCAGCAGCAUAGUGAGGGACUGAGGCCUGUGGCAUUCGCCAGCAGGAAGUUGAAACCACCAGAGAGAAAUUACGCAAUACACCAGCUGGAGUUUCUGUCUCUGAAGUGGGCCAUAGUGGAUAAAUUCCAUGAUUAUCUCUAUGGCGCCAGAUUCACUGUGCGUACAGAUAACAACCCGCUGACGUAUGUGCUCUCAACCGCCAAGCUUAGUGCUGUUGGGCACAGAUGGCUGUCUGCAUUGUCCACCUAUGACUUUGAUGUACAGUACAGACCCGGCAGACACAACAUUGAUGCCGACCUGUUGUCCAGAAUGAUGCCGGAUGAGGGUCAAGAGGAAUGGGAGACCAUACCACAGACUGGAGUGAGAUCCAUCUGCAAGAAAGUAUGCAUUCCUGGAUCCUUGGUCAACUCACCAAGAUAUGUGGACCAGUUAGGAGCCUCUCCUGACUGCGUGCCUGACAUCUAUGCGUUCCCGACACACUUGGAGCUGAAGUCAUUAGGACAAAUGUCAACUCAGGACCUGAUUAAAGCCCAAGAAGAGGAUGCAGAAAUCAGCUCUGCUCUUCAAGCUGUUAAGCAAGGAAAAUGGCCUGAAGGGAAUGUGUCCAGCCCAGAACAGGCUCGUCUGAAGAAGGAGAUGGGAAGGCUGAUGAUGAAAGAUGGACUGCUACAUCGCUUAAGCAAGAGAUCUUCUGGAGAAGACGUCACUCAACUCGUCUUACCAAGAGAGUUCAGAGAAGUUGUGUUGAGGGCCUCACAUGAUGACUUGGGACACCUUGGUGUAGAGAGAACUACCGACCUGUUGAGGAGCCGAUUUUUCUGGCCUAAAUUGGCAUGUGAGGUGGAGCAGUACAUCAAGAACUGCGGAGAGUGUAUUACGCGAAAGACUCCUAGCCAGAGAGCAGCUCCCUUAUGUCAGAUUGUGAGCAGUGGACCGAUGGACCUAGUCUGCAUCGAUUUCCUGUCAAUGGAACCCGAUUCUUCAGGCAUCAGUAACGUGUUAGUCGUGACUGAUCACUUUACACGUUAUGCCCAGGCUUUCCCCACCAGAAACCAGAAAGCACAGACAGUGGCAAAGGUCCUGGUGGACAAGUACUUUCUACAUUAUUCUCUGCCAGCUCGGAUCCACUCAGAUCAGGGGAGAGAUUUUGAGUGCCAGCUAAUAAAAGAGCUCCUGAAGAUGCUGGGAAUCAGAAAGUCACGGACCACUCCGUAUCAUCCUCAAGGGGACCCACAGCCCGAAAGGUUCAACCGAACUUUACUUUCCAUGCUGGGAACUCUUGGCUGUGAGAAGAAACGGCAGUGGAGCAAACACGUUGGUUACUUGGUGCACGCCUACAACAGUACCAAGUGUGAUGCUACAGGGUACUCACCCUAUUUCUUAAUGUUCGGCAGAGAAGCGAGGCUUCCUAUGGACGUGUGUUUUGGAACUUCUCCUGACGGAAAAGAUGAAGCUUGUCACUCACGCUAUGUAGCCAAGUUGAAAGAGGACUUGCAGAGAGCUUACCAGCUUGCCUCUGAAGCUGCUGACAAGACACAUCAGAGGAACAAGAGGUCCUACGAUAAGAGAGUCGGAUUCCAGACACUGGAUAUCGGCGACCGAGUGCUACUGAGGAACUUGGGAUUGAAAGGAAAACACAAGCUGGAGAGUAGGUGGAGCUCUAUCCCUUUUGUUGUAUUGGGAAAGAUGCCCAAUCUUCCUGUGUAUAAAGUCAAACCUGAAGAUGGAGGCGGAGGAGUCAAAACUCUUCAUCGCGAUCAUCUCUUACCGAUUGGGGAGUCAGUGAGAAUGCCAACUGUGAGCAAGGAGGAAACCUCACCUGUUAAGCCAAGAACAAGGUCCGAGACAAUCAGGAAGGUAAAGAAAGUCUUACCUGAGAUACGAAAGACUCUGCCAGAGUUACAAGACCUUACAGACUCGUCAUCAGACGAAGAACAUUACCUACCUCAGAAACCCUACAGUACCUACCUGAAAGAAAUCCUGCAAAGAGAAAAAGAUACUGCCAGACCUGAAGCCCCCGGCCGAGACCACAGUGACUCUCAACAGUCAGAUGAAAAUCCUGUUGAAGAGGACAUGUCGGAGGAUGAGAGUUCAGAAGAGGAGAACCAAAGCGUUGGCGAAGUGGAUACAGCUCAAGAUUCCGUUCCCGAGGAAGAAAGUGAACCUGAGGCAGGAAGUGAUCCUGAGUCAAACCCUUGCCACGACAACCAGACACCUGCCAGGUCUAAUUUCACUAACAAACUUGAAACUCGCCCUAAGAGAAGCGUGAAGCCAGUCAUUAGGUUAACGUAUGAUGAACCUGGUAAAGCAAGAGAUCAGCCUCUCACCAUAGUUCAUAGAGGUGUGAUCAUAAAAAUAGGUAAAUGUUAAGUUCAGUAUUUACUGCACCCUUUCUGAUCAUAACUUAGGUUGUGUUUGUUUGUUGAUGAGGACAUCAAAAUGUUUAGAAGGGGGAGGGUGUAACCCAGCCAAAGCUAUUGUUUAUGUUAAUUAGUAUAAAACAUAAUCUGUAUUUCAUCAUUAGUUGGAGGAGUUUUAUUUUGUGUUGUUUUGUGUUAAAAAGCAGUGUUUUCUCUGUGUAUUCUGUGACAGCAUUUAAAGGGUUAACCCAGUGGGGACAUAGUUGAGUGAGACACGAGCCCGGAGAAAAAGGAAGGAGGAAGAGGUGAGCGACGUGGGGGGUGGCUAACAGAAGGUGUGCGAACGAAAAGGGACAGAGGCAGUCUGUAUUUUCUGGAUAAGCAGCUUUUCAAAACUUGUGUGUUUGAGGUUUUUUAAUGAUUGUUUCCACGACAGUCAGUAGAAGAAGACCAUCGGCACGUUAACGGAAGAAAGGAACCUCCACAAGGCGUUUCGGUAUCGUUGAUUGUGAAACAAGUUAGCGGAUGCUAACAGCUCUGCAGGCGUAGUCUAGAGGCUGUUCGCAACAAGUGAGCCGAGUGUGCUAGACUAGUUUAACUUCUCCAGUUAGACCUUGAGUGGGGUAGUCUGUUCGUUUUCAUCCAGAAGACACAUAGAGGACAACCCAGAUAGAGCUAACGACCAAGGCUUCCCGGCUACCGUAGCUUUCUGACAACGAGGGAUGCAAGACUGUGGCUGGACAUAAACAUCAGUGGAUCUGCUGUGUUCCUGCACAAAUGGUUCAACCUUCGCAUGGCUCAAUGGCGCCAGGCUGAGGGUCUUCCAGCCGAACUGGGCUCUGUGUUGGAUUGAGACCCUGCACCCGCCCUCCUGGGGGUUGGACCUUCUCCUGGACUUCCUCUCCUUCCUGGCCGCUCGCUCUUUGUUUUCCAUGAAGAUAUUUAAACUUCUACAAAGUGAAGGUGUUUGUUUUGCUAUAUAACCGCCAUGUUUACAUGAAUGAACUUAUUAUUAUUAAUAAAUUAAGACUUAAAAGGGCUUGCCUGUGCUUCGUUUGUUAGCAUAGCAUCAUCGCAUUAGCAUUCUGGUUCAUUUCUGUAUCAAUUUCAACUACAUUUUUGGUUAAUAAAUUAACAUUAACUACAAAUGCUGAGAACGUGUGAAUGCUAGAAAGCUAAAAGUAUUAUUAUAAACUGGCCACAAGGUGUCACUAAUGUUACAUUGAUGAGAAAACAGCCACCGCAAGAAGCACUGGACAGACAGUUAAAAAAAAAAAGGAACAAGGGAUGUAUGAGUCUAUGUAAUGUCUUACUUAUGUCUUUUAUGUCUUAUUUUCACUUAUUAUGGCCACUAUUUGGGGUAAUACAACUCUUAAGGUGACUAUAGGGGUGUUAUUUUUUGUCUCCAGGGCUCUAAUAAUGUUAAAAAUUGUGUUUAGAAGAUCAUCAAGACAAAAAGAAGGUGGUAAACAUGUUUUUGAUGCUCAUUCAUUCAUUCAUUUUCUACCGCUUAUCCUCACGAGGCGGGGUACACCCUGGACUGGUGGCCAGCCAAUCACAGGGCACAUAUAGACAAACAACCAUUCACACUCACAUUCAUACCUAUGGACAAUUUGGAGUCGCCAAUUAACCUAGCAUGUUUUUGGAAUGUGGGAGGAAACCGGAGUACCCGGAGAAAACCCACGCAUGCACGGGGAGAACAUGCAAACUCCACACAGAGAUGGCUGAGGGUGGAAUUGAACCUGGGUCUCCUAGCUGUGAGGCCGUUUUUGAUGCUCCUGCUAUGAAAAUAUUAUAAACGGUGAUAAAUGAGGGAUUAAUAAGCAUGAGCUCACUUAUUGAAAGCUAACGUUGGUGCUCUCAUUG